AUGACUCCUCUAGCGGUAUAACUCGGUGGUCGCCGCCCCGUCACAACAGUCCCGUCCUCUCCCUCGAACUUGAGCCGAUCAUCUGAAGUAUGGACCGCUGGAGAGGCAGAGUGGCUCUGGUGACCGGCGCCUCGGUCGGCAUCGGCGCGGCUAUCGCCAGGGAGUUGGUCCGAGGCGGGAUGAAGGUGAUGGGCUGCGCCAGGGACGUGGAGAAAAUAAAGAAACUGUCAGCGGAGUUCCAACGUGAAGACUACAGCGGCGUGCUCGUGCCUUUCAAGUGUGACUUGACCCGCGAGGAGGACAUUCUCGCCAUGUUCUCAGCCAUCAAAGCUCAGCACAAAGGCGUGGACGUUUGCAUCAACAACGCCGGCCUGGCUCACCCAGACUCUCUGCUGAGCGGUGCAACCAGCAGCUGGAAGAACAUGCUGGAUGUGAACGUUCUUGGGCUUAGCAUCUGCACCCGUGAAGCCUACAAGUCCAUGAAAGAGAGAAACGUGGAUGAUGGACACAUCAUACAUAUCAACAGCAUAUGUGGACAUCGGGUUGUAAACAGUCCUGACAUCCAUUUCUACACGGCCACCAAGUACGCGGUGACGGCCCUGACCGAAGCCCUGAGGCAGGAGCUUCGGGAAACCAACUCUCACAUCCGAGCCACCUGCAUUUCUCCUGGGUUAGUGGAGACAGAGUUUGGUCCGCGGCUUUACAGCCAGCAGGCAGACAAAGCAGCGACUUUAUACACUCAGUAUAAGACUCUGGAAGCUGUAGAUGUGGCUAGCGCUGUGACAUACGUGUUGAGUGCCCCUCCUCAUGUGCAGAUUGGAGACAUUGUGAUGCGAUCUGUGGAGCAGCCAACUUAGAACUUCAUUACAUGACCACCAAAAGACGCUACAAGAGAAUCCACCUGCUCACCACAAAUGAAUUUUUCAAAAAGCGAAACACUAAAACAGAAAAAAAUACAAAUUUCUGAAACAUUGUUUUAUUUCAGUCUGAAUAAAAAUAAUUUUCUGCUAUGUCUUUUAUUCUGAAGGAUGGCACAUCUAAUUAACUAUAAUAAACUGAUUCAUGUUUCAAUAAACUGUUGGAAUAUGCUCUAAAGUA